AAAGAAGUUGAAAAAAUGAAAGCCAACGGUGCCAAAAGUAGAAAACGGAGGUUUACCAACCCCAUCGAUUCCUCAUCCGAGAGGCAAAUAAUUGGAGGUUUUACGAUAAUUUGAUCUGUGAUUAUGAUGCCAUCAAGCGACCGUAUGAGCUUACCGGUAUCAGAUCCUUCUCCUCAGCAAAGAGGCGGCGCCGCCGCCGGCGAACAGAGGCUCUUCAAAGGAUCCACCAUGACCUCCCGCGGUGCUUACGCUGCCGUCUCUUACAUGUCUUGCGCGGUGAUGCUUGUAUUGUUCAACAAAGCAGCUCUUUCAUCAUACAGUUUUCCAUCUGCAAAUGUCAUCACACUAUUUCAGAUGAUAUGCUCAUGUUCUUUUCUUUACAUUUUACGCCGAUGGAAAAUCAUAUCUUUUACAUCAGGUGACACGUCAUCAUCAUCAAUCACUGACAACUCAACCUCAACAAGAUUCUUGUCACUUCAGACAUUGAUCCAAACUUCACCUCUUGCUCUCACUUAUUUGCUUUACAUGCUAGCUACUAUGGAGUCUGUAAGAGGGGUAAAUGUGCCAAUGUACACAACACUUAGAAGGACAACAGUUGUAUUUACAAUGUUUGUGGAGUUUAUAUUGAUUGGUCAAAAGUAUAGUCGAUCUGUAAUUGGAAGUGUAGGUUUGAUUGUAUUUGGUGCUUUUGUUGCUGGAUCUCGGGAUUUAUCAUUUGAUGCUUAUGGAUAUUCGAUUGUCUUCUUAUCAAAUAUCACAACAGCAAUAUAUCUUGCUACAAUAUCUCGAAUUGGGAAAUCAAGUGGGUUAAAUAGCUUUGGACUUAUGUGGUGCAAUGGAAUUUUAUGUGGGCCCGUUCUUCUGUUUUGGACAUUGAUACGUGGUGACCUUCGGAUGACUAUGGAUUUUCCUUAUCUUUUUGCUCCUGGAUUUAUGAUUGUGUUGCUUCUAUCAUGUAUGCUUGCUUUUCUUUUGAAUUACUCGAUUUUCCUCAACACAACCCUCAAUUCAGCAGUCACACAGACAAUCUGUGGUAAUUUGAAGGAUCUUUUUACAAUUUCAUUAGGGUGGAUGUUUUUUGGUGGUCUUCCAUUUGAUCUUUUGAAUGUUAUGGGGCAACUUCUUGGAUUUAUUGGAUCGGGUUUAUAUGCGUACUUCAAACUCUUUGGGAAGUGACAUGCUCAAGAUUCUAACAUGCCUAAUUAUUUCUAUAAAUUACUUGGUUUUUGCUUUAAAAUGGUAUAUAUAUUUCAUUCAGAGUAAAAAUAUAUUUAUUUCGAAAAUUUUCAAA